GGCCUCGGGUGUCCCGCCCUACGCAGUGACCGGGGACCCCACCGCCUCGCGGCCUCUGCAGCCCGGGCCCCUCCCCUCCCCCCCGGGGUCCCGCCCGGCAGCGGCAGCAGGACUCGAGCCGGCGGCGCGAGGCCGGGGCCGCGGAGGCGUAACGGGAGGGCGCGUUCGGCGCCCACGGGCGCCCUUUGUCCUCCCUGGUCCGGGAGGCGGGGGAGGCGGCGCCUGGCAGGCUCCGGGAGGGGGGGCAGCCCGCGCGGGCGCAGCCGUUAAAGUUUAGCCGGGCCGGGCCCGCCCCCUGCCCGCCCUCCGCGCUCGGCUCGGGACAGUCGCUGGAGGGUCCCGCCGGGAGCCAGGAGCGCCGCCCGGAGAGCGCGAUUUAGAGAAAGGGUUCCAACAGUUUUUCAGGAAGGGAAUUUUUCCUCCAAGAACUACUUAAGUGGCAUCCCUAAAUUCUGGGCCGAGGCUUCCGCCGCUCCGGGAGGACGAUGGCCCUGCUCCUCCGGGCCUCCAAGAGGUGGGGCCUGCCUCCUCCGGCCAGGCUGGUGGGGCUCGCCCGCCGGGCCACCUCGAGUGACGGGAAGAGAGACUCAUACAGCUACGUGAUCGUGGGGGCCGGCUCCGCCGGCUGCGUCCUGAGCCACCGGCUCUCGGAGGACCCCGGCCACUCGGUGCUGGUCCUGGAGGCCGGGCCCAGAGACGUGUGGCUGGGCAGCAAGCGGCUCCUGUGGAAGAUCCACAUGCCCGCGGCCCUGGUCUCGAACCUCUGCGACGACAAGUACAACUGGUACUACCACACGACCCCCCAGAAGGGCCUGAACCAGCGUGUGCUGUACUGGCCCCGGGGCCGUGUCUGGGGGGGCUCGUCCUCCCUCAACGCCAUGGUCUACAUCCGCGGGCACGCAGAGGACUACAACCGCUGGCAGCGCGAGGGGGCCGAGGGCUGGGACUACGAGCACUGCCUGCCCUACUUCCGCCGGGCCCAGAACCACGAGCUGGGCCCCGAUCGGUACCGGGGCGGGGAGGGCCCCCUGCGGGUGUCCCGGGGCAAGAGCGACCACCCCCUGCACCACGCCUUUCUGGAGGCCACCCAGCAGGCUGGCUACCCCUUCACCGAGGACAUGAACGGUUUCCAGCAGGAAGGCUUUGGCUGGAUGGACAUGACCAUCUACAAAGGCCAGCGGUGGAGUGCGGCCAGUGCUUACCUCCGGCCCGCCCUGUCUCGACCCAAUUUGACAGCAGAAUCCAGAACCUUUGUGACCAAAAUUCUGUUUGAUAGGACGCGAGCUAUUGGUGUGGAGUACGUGAAGAAUGGCCUGAAGAAAAAGGUUUAUGCGAGCAAAGAGGUGAUUCUGAGCGGAGGAGCCAUCAAUUCUCCCCAGCUGCUCAUGUUGUCUGGAAUUGGGAAUGCCGACGACCUCAGAAAGCUCGGGAUCCCUGUUCUUUGUAACCUUCCCGGUGUGGGCCAGAACCUGCAGGACCAUCUGGAAUUGUACGUCCAGCAGGAGUGCACUCAGCCCAUCACUCUGUACUCGGCCCAGAAGCCCCUUCGGAAAAUGUGCAUCGGGCUGGAGUGGCUCUGGAAGUUUUCAGGGGAGGGAGCCACUGCCCACCUUGAAACUGGCGGCUUCAUCCGGAGCCGUCCUGGGGUUCCCCACCCUGAUAUUCAGUUCCACUUCUUGCCUUCCCAAGUGAUCGACCAUGGGCGAGUCCCGACCCAGCAGGAAGCUUACCAGGUGCAUGUUGGGACCAUGCGGAGCCUGAGCAAGGGCUGGCUGAAGCUGAAAAGUACCCACCCCAUGGAGCACCCGAUCAUUGAGCCCAACUACAUGUCAGCAGGAGCAGAUGUGGAGGAGUUCCGGCUCUCGGUGAAGUUAACCAGGGAGAUCUUUGCCCAGAAAGCUCUGGGGCCGUAUCGGGGCCGCGAGCUCCAACCCGGCAUCCUCGUGCAGUCCGACGAGGACAUCGAUGCCUUCGUCAGGGCCAAGGCCGACAGCGCCUACCACCCCUCCUGCACGUGCAAGAUGGGCUGGCCCUCGGACCCUACGGCGGUGGUGGAUCCCCAGACCAGAGUCAUCGGCGUGGAGAACCUGAGGGUGGUGGACGCCUCCAUAAUGCCCAGCGUGGUCAGCGGCAACCUCAACGCCCCCACCAUCAUGAUAGCAGAGAAGGCCUCGGACAUCAUCCGGGGGCUCCCGGCGCUCUGUGACAAGGGGGUUCCCGUCUACCAGCCCGCGACCUUGGAGACCCAGCGAUAAGCCCUCACGCGGCCCGGGCAGGGGGGCCCGAAGAGGCCGAGCUUGGAGAAAGUGGCCCACCCGUAGCCGACGCGACUCACUUCCCAGAGCCGGAUUCUAGGACGAUUUUGGACGCGGCCAGACCCGUUCUCCAGAGCAGACUGAGGGAAGCCCGGGGCUCGCCUGCAAACGGACGAUGUUUUCUCGGGCCUUUUCUGGCCAUCUCUUUUCUAAAGGAAAUCUCAUUUCACAAGAAUGACUGGAAGCAGACCCCAAGGCAGGAACCAAGACAGCGCGCAGCUUGAGGUCUGCCGGGGACAGGCUCCCCUGGGAGAAUCGCUUGCCAAUGGAAACUUCCUAAAGUUUCUGCCAGCUCAGAGCCUGUCUGGGGGGCAAGACAACGGGGAUGGAUGUUCUGGGUCCCCCGGCAGGGGCUCCUCUAGCUCUUGCUCACCUUGGUUCUGCCAGCGAGGAGCCGGCUUAGUCUCCGGGCUGAGGGGAUUGCGGGUGGCAUCUUCAUCCCCGGCCCCGGCCCCUCGUCUGGCAGCCGUGAGGUCCCGGAGCACGGAGCAGGACCUCCCUGUGAGUGGGACCCAACGUGUGUCAGUGCAUGUCAAAGACGCUUCACGCGGAUCGAAUGCUCCUAUGGAAGUGAUGGCCCAAAGAUGGAGAUCCCUGACCUGAGGGGACCAAGCUUCUCACUCUCAGCUUGUCCGGCAGCCUUGAAGACCCGGCUCUUACCUUUCCCUGUGGUCUUGAGCAAUUUUUUUUCUCUGAGCCUGUUUUUUCAUCUGCCAAAGCGGGGGGGCAACUUGCUCUCCAUCCCCCACCCAGGCAGAUUUGGGGGGGGAGGUACAAGGCACGGGGGGUGUUUGAGGACCAAACGAGACAAAGAGAUGCCCUCUAACCACCCCAGUAUUCCUUCUCGUGCUAGCCUCGCCUAGUGUUUGAGGGGUGGGAAACGGCCCAUGCAUCUUCACAUUCAGGAACUCCCACCCAGCCUUGGGAGCCGUAUACACACACACACAAAGCCCACCCAAACCCCAGAACAUCCAGCCUCGCCUUGAAGAGCCCCCAGUACCCCAUGGCCAACCCCUUCCGGCUCUGGGAGGUUUUAUCUUACACCGAGCUGAGCCUUCAACUCAUCCAUGAAGUUGGUUUGCUCUUUGUCAGGUGUAGGUUGGAGUGGGUGACCCCGAGGGCUCCUUCCCUCUCUGAGAUGCUAUGACUCCGGAGCCUGGGCACCCUCUGGCCACGCCGGAGACAGUCUGGGGGUACCCGGCUCCAUAGGGAAGACCAGGCAAUCCCAGGCUUUGAACUCCAGCAGGUCUUUGUCAGGAGCUGCUUAAGCAUCGGUGGGAAGGGAGGAAUUCUCUUGCAUCCUUCAGCCGAGCUUUCUGGGAUGGCUCGUCUAGACCCUCGAGUUCCAUAGAACCUGCCCCAGGUGCCACAGAACCGGAUGUCCGGACACUUCCCUCCCCUGUCGGGUUAGGAUGGGAAUAUCGGCCCAGGCUAUUGCAGCAGAACAAGGAGCUGCUCGCCAUCAGUGAGGGAUCCAUCUGGGAAUCUCUUAGAAUCCACAUGAUAUCACCAUAGCAUAUCAUGGGCUCUUAACAUGUGAACAGAUAAAACUGAAAAUCAAAUCAAAUGAAUAAAAUAGGAAUUGAUAUAGAUUCGAGUGUAUUUUUUAAUUAAAAUAAAACAGUCCUGAUGAAAUUUUUAAACCAACAAAUUUAACGAUGUAAUUCUUAAUUUUGUGGUCAAAACUAGUCUUAAUACCAGGUAAUAGGAAAUAACUUGAUUUUACUUACUAGAAAGUGGCCAAUCUGCUUAUGCUUAAGAAAGGUACCAUUACUAGAGAAGAGAAGAGCACUGGAUGAGAGCUGGAGAAGAAAACUUGAGAAAUCGGGUCUUUUAGAAUAAAAUAUAGAUGCUAAAUGGGUAGAGGGCAAGAGUUCACCAAGUUGGGCUUCAGUUUGAGAGAGAAUAUAGAUAACUGGGGAAAAGUCUGAUCUCUUACCUAACCAAAAUGCUUUUUGAUAACCUGAUCAUUUAAUCUAAUGUCAGAAAAUGUAAUUUAGGGGGAAGGAGGGCUUUGUUCUGGGUCAGCUUGGCAGUAAUCCCUGCUUAGUAUGUUCCUGGCACAUCAUAGGCACUUAUUGGCAGAGUGACGGCUCCUCAUUCACGUCCUUUGGGCCAUGAAGAUGCUGCUCCUCUGGCUAUGACAAAGUUUACAAAAGUUGGGACUUAAAUCCCUCACCAAUCACCACAGUUCUCAAGCUUUUUUGUUUUUUUGUUUGUUUUUUUCCUGGAUAGGAACUGGAACUAUGUCUUGCUUUAAACAAUGAGCAUAAUAAAAAAUGAUCGAUGCA